GCGGGGAAGCAUGGAGCGCGCAGCGGGGGCGCGCCUGAGCCCCGGUAUUUCCAAGUGGGACAUCCGACAGAAAAUCUGGGAUUACAUGGAAGCCAGCAACUUAGCUGAUUUCCCAAGACCUGUCCAUCACCGGAUUCCUAAUUUCAAGGGGUCUUUCCUGAUGUGCCACUGUGUACAAAAGUGGGAGGCGUUUGAGAAAGCGAGGGAGGUCAAGGUGGACCCCGACAAGCCCCUGGAGGGAGUCCGACUGGCCACGCUCCAGGCUGGAAAAACACUCCUGGUGCCAACUCCCCGGCUGCGAACUGGGCUGUUCAACCGGAUCGUCCCUCCCCCCGGGGCGGCCAAAGUCACCCUGAGAAAAUGUGCUACCUCGCAGGGCGUUAGAGAUUUUAGCGUCCCUGUAGAGCUGGAUGCAAAUGUGCGCGUGGACCUGGUGGUGGUGGGAUCCGUGGCCGUUUCUGAGAAAGGCUGGCGAAUCGGGAAAGGGGAAGGCUAUGCGGACAUGGAAUACGCCAUGAUGGUCUCCAUGGGAGCUGUGAGAGAGGACACAGUAGUCGUCACGGCCGUUCACGACUGCCAGGUAGUGGACAUCCCAGAAGAGCUCCUGGGUGAGCACGACCUGACCGUGGACUACAUCCUCACCCCGACGAGAGUGAUCCGGACUGGCUGUGCGCGCCCAAAGCCCCAGGGGAUCUUCUGGCACAAGGUCAGUUCCGAAACACUGGAGAAGAUCCCAGUCCUCAAGAAUCUUCGUUGGAGAGAGAAACAAGCCGGCAAGGAUGUCACCCUCAAAGAGGAACGGACAGAUGUUCCAGCUGUUUCUGAGCUGUCAAGAAAAGCCAGGGUCGUUAGGCCCGAAGGCCCUGCAUUGCGGAACGAGUCCAGCAAGGGCCACGCCAGCCCGAGGGAUGAAUCUGCACCCGCUAGCUCAGACCGUCUCCGCGAACUUUCCAGUCUAUUUGUGGGGAACAUCCCUCCGGCGACCAGAGUGAGUGAAUUCAAGGCAGUCCUCAGGGAGCGCCACUCCACCCCCGCCCACCUCACUUGGCAGGGGCCGCAGCGCCGAGCUUUCCUCCAUUACCGGGAUAGCUCAGCGGCUGAAGUCGCCAUGGCGACAUUACAAGGCCUGAGCCUCCAUGGCUGCACCCUGAGAGUCGAAUCUGCCAAGGCCCAAUGCAAGAAGACGUCCAGCGGGCCCUGAAGGCCAAAUAGGAGAAGCGGCCCCCUACUUAGUGCGACCACCUGACAGAGUCCCAAGGCGAAGAUUUCUCGUCCCUCUAAUCCUGGAGGCUUCAUCCUCAGGCAAGGACAUCACACAGGAUGGGUCUCUAACAGUCCUGACGUUCCCCCCAAAGAAAUUAUUUUUAAAUUCAUUUAGGACAGGGGUGGCCAACGGUAGCUCUCCAGAUGUUUUCUGCCUACAACUCCCAUCAGCCCCAGCCAUUGGCCAUGCUGGCUGGGGCUGAUGGGAGUUGUAGGCAAAAAAAACAUCUGGAGAGCUACCGUUGGCCACCCCUCAUUUAGUUUCAAGUUUAUUUAAGUUUAUAUCCCGCCCUUCCCACCGAGGUGGCUCAGGGCGGUUCACAACACAUAAAAAACUAACAUAAUUUGAAUUUAAAACAUGAUUUAGGAGAUUUCUAAGCUGCCAGCACUGUAAAAAGGUACCUUUUGUUUUUGCAAAGCCACUUCCACUGGUCCUUGAGGGAAACAACAGUUAAAAUUGCUUUACAGGGACAGUUUAAAUGUACCUUAUAUGGAAAACCAGUUCACACUUCUUUGUGUGGGACUUGCUCUGCUCUUGAGUCGCUUGAGAACUCAGAGAUGUAUUUCUGGCUUGUUGUCUGGCCCUUGGAUCCUUUGCUGUAUUCUGGAUUUGCUUCAGGGAAUGACAGUUCUCAAAAAAAGUUUGGUGCGGGUAAGUUUUCUCUGCAAGGGUGAAUCGAUGUGGGCGUUGCAUCAAGAACUUCCCUGCAAACGCUUUUGUAGAAGGGAAAAAAAUGAAUUUGAUUUUUUUGUUGUUCAUUUGUUCUCUUGCGUGUUUCUUUGUUUCCUGAAAACAAGAUGGACUGGGGCGGAACGUCUCACCCGACAGAAAACGUUUUUGCCAGCGAUCUCAGGCCUUAAGAUCAAAAUAAGCACUGAA